UUAAUCUCAGAAUUUUGACUUUAAUGCAGGUGAGCACCUGGAAGCAUCUGGGUGCAACCAGCUUCAUCGCCUGAGAUGUGAGUCGUGCAGGGGAACGUCCAGCAAUCUUGGGGAACAUGUCAGAUUUAAGUGACUUUUUACGUGUCCGAGGGCUUCCUGAAGAUGCCAUUUCAUUAUUGGAAGAGCAGAAGAUUGAUUGGGAUGUCAUAGCGCUGAUGGAUGACGCAACUCUGGCAAAUUACAUCCCUUCCUAUGGAGACCGAAUUGCCCUCUUCAAUUUCUGCAAAAGCAAACAACCACUCUCAAAAAGAAAACAGGGUCUUCUGCAGAAGCUUCGUGAGAAAAUGAAAACCAAAAAGGAAAGUCCAAAGGAAAACACCUCUCAAGAAAGAACAAGACAGACAAAGAAGCAAAAAGCAACACGAAAUAUUGAGAUAGGAUGGAUACAUACUGAUGGAAAAAUAACUAAACAGGUGAGAGCGAAACAGGGAGGUGGGACUAGAAAAAUUCAAAUGGCCACCGAUUCUGAAUUAAAAGAUAUUCUUCAUGAAGGAAAGAAACUUUUUUUCCCUGAUGGCAUGUCUCCUAAGGGUCCUGAGACAGAUUUUGAGUUUGAGGUUUGGGACUUUAAACAGAACCACCUUACUGAUGACACCUGCCUGACGAUUGGCAAUAUGUAUGAAGCAGCGAGGCUGACAAUGUUACGCUUCUACAUUGCAACAAAGCCAAAAGUUCCUGAAGAAGAUGACAGCGAGACAUCCGAAGUCAUAUUUGUCUUGGAAAGCAGUAGCAGUGAAAUUAAUCCAUUGCAAACGUGGGAAGUCAGGAGUUCUUCUGUUGAUGCCCACCCUGGUUUAGAACCUUCAGAUGAUUCAGAAAUUACUUUUGGUCCCAUUCUUAAUGCUGAGGAAGAUACAGAAGACACAUUAAUCUAUGAGGGUUUUCUUGUACCCCUCAGUCCAGCUAAUCCAGAUGAUGCAAUAACAAUCACUGUACAUCAUACUAACACUUUACAUGACAUUAUUACUGCUUUCUCUGAUUCAGAUAUUAUGAGAAAAACACUGAAUGUGAAGCGCAUACUUCCAGACAACACAGAAGAAGCAGGCAGUGGCUCAGGGAUACUAAGAGAUGUUCUCACCUGCUUCUGGAAUAAAUUCAAUGAGCGAUGCACCCUCGGUACAACAGUUAAAGUGCCCUUCAUUCGCCAUGAUUUUCCUGCUGAAAAAUGGAAGGCAGUUGGACGAAUACUUUUGAAAGGUUACCAAGACUGUCAGUAUUUUCCAAAUAAACUUGCAAUCCCUUUUCUUGAACAAGUGCUUUUCAGUAGCGUUUACAGCGAUCUUAAAGCACAUUUUCUACAGUUUGUCAGCAGCCAAGAAUGUGAGGUUUUGAGGGAAGCAGUCAAGAAUUUUUCUGCUAUUGACCAAGAUGAUCUUGUGGAGGUUCUUGACAGUUAUGGCUGUAGAAAAAGAAUAACUGCCGAGACUCUGCCUACAAUCCUUUAUGAAAUAGCACACAAAGAGCUUGUCCAAAAACCAAUGUUCGUCAUUGACUGCUGGAGAGAGAUCAUCUAUCCACAUAUUUCCCUCAGUCCAGAGGCACUGAUCAAGUUGUUCUCAGACCUGCAACCAACAUCAAAAAAAGUCUGCCAACUGCUGAAAUUUGCUGAGGAUUUGUCUCCAAAGCAAAAAGAUGUGGGAAAUCAUCUCAAAAGAUUCAUCAGAGAGCUGGAUGACAUUAAACUUCAGAAAUUUAUGCGAUUCUGCACUGGAUCUGAUCUUAUAGUAACAAACAGUAUUUUUGUGGAAUUUCAAGAUAUGACGGCAUUCACAAGAAGACCAGUGGGUCACACAUGUGGAAGUAUUCUGCAAAUAGCUGACAGCUAUGAAAAUUUCCCAGACUUCUGUUCUGAAUUUAAUGCCGUUCUUGAAAGUAAUGUCUGGGUAAUGGACAUUGUUUAGACAGCUACUGCAAUCCACUACAUUUGAAUGGUUCAUGCAGACUAGAGCAGAGCUGCAAAGAGACAUAAAGAAUAUGUAUUUUGAACUUAUGAAAAUUACACCUGUUUAAAACAAAUCUGAGUAAUUGUCCAUUUAUGUCAGAAGACCAGUUUUGACUGCAAUUAUUCCAGUUUCUUUUAUCAUUCCUAGUUUCACACGACACAAUGAAGUGGUAAAAAAAAAGAAUGAGUUUUACACUGUUUAUUACUAUAUCCAGAGCUGUCUUCACCAGAUCUGAGUUCUCCUGCUGCAUGAAAGAAACCUGUAGCAACAACAGGAAAAAUUAUUUCAAGAGAUCUAAAGAAAAUGUAAUGAAGCUUCUUUUUUAAGCUUCUUUAGUGCCUCAUGUUUUGUAGCAGUUUAGCUAAAUCAAAUACUCUUGUAAGUAAGGAGUCAGACUUAAUUAAUCCAGAUAUUUUAUUAUUGGGUCUGGAUAAAACUCAAACAUUGUUACAUUGUAAAUGUUAUCUGUACAAUUUUACAUAUUUGAAUUAGUCAUGUCUGACAGUAUGUUUCUUUACAGUUUAUGCAAUUGUUAGCUAAGUUAAGCUGAGGUUUCAAUUUUCAGUAUUUGCUGUUAAAAUACAAUUGAAAGUUACAGAAAAUAUAUUUAUAUAUUUUCCAGUAUUUUCUAAAUGUCAUAUUGAUUCUAAGCAUGUGUGUUUCUCAUCCACCAAUAAUCCACUGCAUAAUGGAUUCAGUCUGUUUUGAAGAAAUGUACUGGUUUCUAAUGUUAUAAAUAGAAAGUAUACAAUGCAGUGCAGUGAUCGGUGAACAGAAGAUAUCCAAUUUUUGUUUCUGCAUUUCCUCAACAAUUAGCACUUGUUUUAUCUCUACAGCCUAGAUGACUCGUUAUUUUUGAUACCACAAGAGCAAUAGUGUUAAUUUUUUACACUGUCACUGAUGUAUAACACAGGGUUGUAUUAGAUCUAGUUUCUGUUUUUAAAGGUUGGCUCAUUCUAAUGGCCAUGUUGUUGGGAUUAGCAAGAAAAUGUUUCUUGUAAAAUUUUGCUAAUAAAUGUUACUUUAAAAUAAAA